AUGGGGCUCAUCCCAAAGGUGUACGACACACUCUCCCAUAGCAAGGAGGGGAGUCAAAACUGCACCUCGACCAAUUUCUCAAAAGUAAUGAAGCAAUCUGACUGGUGCGAUGGUCACUUAACUGAAAAGGAGAAGGAAGACUGCGAUGUCAUUCAACAGGCCAGGUCACAGACUCAGGGCGAGGAAACGGACAAUUUAUACAAAGCUGGAAAGCAGAAUCGGAGUUGUGACUGCGAAAGCAAUGGCGUUGAUAUUGAUGAGGGCCCUCAGCGACGCUUCCUCCGCCCCUACAAAUACGGUCCCCCUCUCCGAACUUCCAGAGAAGCACGGCGAGCACUCAGCACUCCUUCGCGACUCCGGCCGCUCUUUUUCUUGCUUGAGUUGAGGGGGCCGAAGAUGUCAGUUGUUGUGAAGCAAAUCUCGCCGGCAGCUGCUUGUUCAAACUUCACCCGGCCGGAGGACUUCGAGAGUGAGGAGCGUCCCGUCCGAUCUGGCGUCUGGAGCUUGAGCCAGUCGCAUAAGAGGAAGGCAGCUGCUGAUGGCGAGAUGCGGGCAGAGGUUCCUUAUGUUCACCCCCUCGUCCGGCGAUCUUCCAGCUCGCUGAGCCAGCAGAGCCUUGAGGUAUGUACGGAGAGUCUCGGCUCGGAGACCGGCUCCGACGAGUUCUCCCCCGCCAUCGACGGCUUCGGCCUCGAGGAAGCAAAAGGGGGAAAUAACGUUGUUGGAGAUGAAGAGGCGGUGCUGGCGCCUGUGAGCUACCACGGGCGGAAGUCGCCGCCGAGGUCGUUCCCCCCGCCGUUGCCGUCGAUCUCGCAACGCCACGUGCCGUGCCUGCACAUGCGGCCCCACCGCGUCGGCGGCCGCCUCGUCGUCGAGGCUGUCGCCGUCCCUUCCACCAACUAUCUCCAGGCCCAUCGGGCAGAUGGCCGUCUCGUGAUUUCCCUCACUAAAGUCUCCGUCGACGACUCUGGCGCCGUCGACGCAAAGGUAGAAGGAAACAGAGUAGGAACCCAAGACGAGGAAAUAGUGAAAACAGAGGAUCAAUACGAAGAGGAGGAGGAGGAGGCGGAAGAAGAAGAGGAAGAGGAGGAGGAGGAGGUCGAAGUCGUCGACCGAGGAACCGUCGUCGAGGUAAAAGUGAGCACCCAGCCUCAGCAGCAGAGCGGCGCCGCGAAGACUCACCGCUCGUCGCUCGUCAUCAACAAAUUCCUCGGCGGAACGCCGCUGAGCGCCAGCGCCGCCGCGAACGAGAGGCCAAGGGGGGCUGCGCCGAUGAAUUCCACCGCGGCGGCGGCAGCUGUGGUGGCGGCUUCCAGCACUGUCUCGGAGGGCUACAAUUACAACUCCGGACCACUGGACGGUAGCAACGGCGGCGGCCACCACCAUCCAAUAUUGGACAACGUGUUGCUGUUCACCUCCAAACACCGGAACCGCGACGAGCUGCUGCACAGCGUGAGGAGGUGCAGCCAGCUCCGUCGCCGGCGCAUGUUCAUAUGGGAGCCCUGCUGCUUCGUCACCUCCACGUAAGCGUCUACUUCACUGGGAGCGCCGAUACCCUACUAAUAAUAGUAUAUAUAUCGUUAAGCUAUUAAUUAAGAGUGACUGAUAUUAUUAUUAUUAUUAUUAUUAUUACGUACGGUGAAAGAGUCACUGUUUGGUUUAGCUUCCAGCACUAGUGUUGGGCUUGUCUCCUUGUCUUUUUUCCAAACCGUGAUUAGAUUUGAGAGCAUAAUUGAUAUAACUUGAGAUCCAUGUGA